AUGAAGGCAGCGCCGGGCAGCGCCGAGGAGGCAGAGAAGCUGAACAAGAUGAGCUCCCUCCUGGAGAGGCUCCACGCCAAGUACAGCCAGAACCGGCCCUGGACAGAGACCAUGAAGCUGGUCAGGCAGGUCAUGGAAAAGCGUGUGGUGCUGAACUCAGGGGGACACCAGCACCUGGUGAGCUGCUUGGAGACACUGCAGAAGGCCCUGAAAGUGUCAUCUCUGCCCGCCAUGACCGAUCGCUUGGAGUCCAUCGCCAGGCAGAGCGGCCUCGGGUCCCACCUGAGCGCGAACGGCACCGAGUGCUACAUCACCUCAGACAUGUUCUAUGUGGAGGUGCAGCUGGACCCCACAGGGCUGCUCUGUGAUGUCAAGGUGGCUCACCAUGGAGAAAACCCCGUGAGCUGUCCAGAGCUGGUGCAACAUCUGAGAGAGAAAAAUUUUGAUGAGUUUUCAAAGCAUCUGAGGGGACUUGUGAACCUGUAUAAGCUGCCAGGGGACAACAAACUUAAAACUAAAAUGUACUUGGCUCUGCAGUCCUUGGAGUUGGAUCUCCAAAAGAUGGCUGGCAUGUAUUGGCAAGCCACCAAUGCAAACCCCCUGGACAAGAUCCUCCAUGGCAGUGUUGGCUAUCUCACCCCCAGGAGUGGAGGUCUCCUGAUGAACCUCAAGUAUUACGUCUCCCCCUAUGAUUUAUUUGAGGAUGGCACUGGAGCCCCCGUGGUUCUGCACGAGAACAAUGUUCCUCGCUCGCUGGGAAUGAACGUGUCGGUGACAGUGGAGGGAACCAUGGCCAUGCACAAACUUCCAAUUGCUCCACUGAUCAUGGGCUCCCAUCCUGUGGACAGCAAAGGAACUCCAUCUUUCUCCUCAAUCACCAGUGCCAACAGCGUGGACUUGCCUGCUUGUUUCUUCCUGAAGUUCCCACGUCCCAUUCCAGUGUCUCGAGCUUUCAUCCAGAAACUGCAGAGCUGCACAGGUAUCCCACUGUUUGACACUCCACCCACGUUUGUGCCCCUGUAUGAGCUGAUCACCCAGUUUGAGUUGUCCAAGGAGGCUGAUCCCCUGCCCCUGAACCACAACAUGCGCUUCUACGCCGCUCUUCCAGGACAGCAGCACUGUUACUUCCUGAACAAGGACGCUCCUCUCCCGGACGGACGGAGCCUGCAGGGAACUCUGAUCAGCAAAAUUGCUUUCCAGCACCCCGGCAGGGUGCCCCUCAUCCUCAGCUUGAUCCGGCACCAGGUGGCCUACAACACCCUCAUUGGCAGCUGUGUCAAGAGGACAGUCCUGAAGGAAGAUUCUCCUGGGAUCCUGCAGUUUGAAGUUUGCCCUCUCUCUGACUCCUGUUUCAGUGUGUCCUUCCAGCACCCUGUGAACGACUCCCUGGUGUGUGUGGUGAUGGAUGUUCAGGACUCCAGCCAUGUGAACUGUAAGCUCUACAAAGGGUUGUCUGAUGCCCUCAUCUGUACAGAUGAUUUCAUUGCCAAGGUUGUUCAAAGGUGCAUGUCCAUCCCUGUCACCAUGAGAGCCAUCCGUAGGAAAGCAGAAACCAUCCAAGCUGACACGCCAGCCCUGUCCCUCAUUGCAGAGACAGUUGAAGACAUGGUGAAGAAAAACCUGCCCCCAGCCAGCAGCCCAGGGUAUGGCAUGACCACAGGCAGCAACCCAAUGAGUGGGACCACCACCCCAACCAACACUUUUCCUGGGGGGCCCAUCACUACUUUGUUUAACAUGAGCAUAAGCAUGAAAGAGAGGCAUGACUCGGUGGGCCAUGGGGAGGACUUCAGCAAAGUGUCUCAGAACCCUAUUCUCACUAGUUUGUUGCAGAUCACAGGGAAUGUGGGGUCUACCAUUGGCUCAAGUCCAACCCCCCCCCACCACACACCACCACCAGUAUCCUCACCAGCCAGCAACACCAAGAACCACCCCAUGCUCAUGAACCUUCUUAAGGAGAAUCCCCCUCAGGAUUUCUCCACUCUCUAUGGGAGCAGCCCUCUGGAAAGGCAGAACUCUUCCUCUGGCUCUCCCAGAAUGGAAAUGGGCCCUGGGGGGAAUAAACAAAAGAAAAAAAAAUCCCGCAUGCCGGCCGACAAACCCAAGCACCAGACUGAGGAUGAUUUCCAGAGGGAGCUCUUUUCCAUGGAUGUUGACUCCCAGAACCCCAUUUUUGAUGUCAACAUGACUGCAGACACCCUGGACACCCCUCACAUUACUCCAGCACCCAGCCAGUGCAGCACUCCUCCCACCACGUACCCGCAGGCGCUGCCCCACGCGCAGCCCAGCAUCCAGAGGAUGGUUCGCCUGUCCAGCUCCGACAGCAUCGGGGCCGAUGUCACCGACAUCCUCUCGGAUAUCGCCGAGGAGGCUUCCAAGCUGCCCACCACCACUGAGGACUGCCCACCCAUUGGGACUCCAGUCAGAGACUCUUCUAGUUCAGGACAUUCACAAAGUGCCCUCUUUGACCCCGAUGUUUUUCAGGCCAACAGUAGUGAGAACCCCUACACAGACCCCGCGGACCUGAUCGCGGACGCCGCUGUGAGCCCCAACAGCGACUCCUCCAACCAUUUUUUUCCAGACGGGGUAGAUUUCAACCCUGACUUGCUGAACAGUCAGAGCCAGAGUGGUUUUGGGGAGGAAUACUUUGAUGAGAGCAGUCAGAGCGGAGACACUGAUGACUUCAAGGGCUAUGCACCCCAGGCUCUAACUAAUUUGGGGGUGCAAGUCUUAGGGGCUGAUGGGGGGGAAAAUAAAUUUAAGGGGAGCGCUCCAUCCGAUACGGUGGAUUUUAGUAUUAUUGCAGCUGCCAGCAAAGCACUGGGGUCCUCUGACAUCAUGGAGCACCACAGUGGAGGUCAGAGCCCUUUGCUGAACACGGGGGAUUUAGGAAAAGAGAAGUCUCAGAAACGGGUAAAGGAAGGCAAUGGGUCUGGAAGUGCCAUGGCAGGUGCUGGGAUGGAUGGGAAGCCGGGGAAGCGCAGCCGCACGCCAUCCAGCGAUGGCAAAAGCAAAGAGAAACUUCCAAAGAGGAAGAAGCAGGAGACAGAUGGGAAAUCUCCAUCCCACAGUUCAUCCAACAGGCCCUUCACGCCACCAGCAAGCACAGGUGGGUCCAAAUCUCCGGGGAGUUCGGGCAGAUCCCAGACUCCUCCCGGGGUAGCUACUCCUCCUAUUCCAAAAAUAACCAUUCAGAUCCCAAAAGGAACAGUGACUGUUGGCAAACCAUCUUCACACGGCCAGUACACCAGUAGUGGUUCUGUCACCUCCUCCAGCAGCAAAAGCCAUCAUAGCCAUUCUUCCUCCUCCUCCUCUUCUUCCUCCUCGUCAACCUCAGGCAAAAUUAAAAGCAAAUCAGAAGGGUCUUCUGGCUCAAAGAUGAGCAGCAGCCUCUACUCCAGCCAAGGCAGCUCCGGCUCGGGUCAGUCCAAGGGCUCGGCCCAGUCGGUGGGAAAGCCAGGAUCCUCCCCCAUCACCAAGCACGGCCUCAGCGCCGGCUCUGGCAGCACCAAGAUGAAACCUCAAGGAAAGCCAUCGUCCCUCAUGAACCCUUCCAUGAGCAAACCAAACAUCUCCCCGUCCCACUCGAGACCCUCGGGGGGUUCUGAGAAACUCGCCUCUCCCAUGAAGCCUGUCCCAGGUACUCCCCCGUCGUCGAAAGCGAAGUCACCCAUCAGUUCAGGCUCUGGUGGGUCCCACAUGUCUGGGACUGGGUCUAGCUCGAGCAUGAAAUCAUCUUCAGGCAUGGGAUCCUCCGGGUCUAUGUCGCAGAAACCGCCUCCCUCAUCCAAUUCCUCCACGGCCUCUUCAUCUUCCUUUUCAUCCAGUGGGUCUUCCAUGUCUUCAUCCCAGAACCAGCAUGGAAGCUCCAAAGGCAAGUCCCCGAGCAGAAACAAGAAGCCAUCGCUGACCGCAGUCAUAGACAAGCUGAAGCACGGCGUGGUCACGAGCGGGCCUGGCGGAGACGACCCCAUGGAUGGACAGAUGGGGCCGAGUUCCAAUUCCUCAAGCCAUACAAUGUCCUCCAAACACAACAUGUCUGGAGGGGAGUUCCAGGGAAAGCGGGAGAAGAGCGACAAGGAGAAAUCGAAGGUCUCCGUUUCUGGAGGAUCCGUCGACUCUUCCAAGAAGAACUCGGAUUCCAAAAACGUCGGAAGCACUGGAGUGGCCAAAAUUAUCAUCAGCAAACACGAUGGUGGUUCCCCCAGCAUUAAAGCCAAAGUAACCCUUCAGAAACCCGGGGAAGGGGGUGGGGACGGGCUGAGGCCUCAGAUGGCUUCUUCCAAAAGCUACGGAUCCCCCCUGAUCAGCGGCUCCACGCCCAAACACGAGCGCUGCUCCCCCAGCCACAGCAAAUCCCCGGCCUACACCCCCCAAAACAUCGACAGCGAGAGCGAGUCGGGCUCUUCCAUCGCCGAGAAAUCCUACCAGAACAGCCCCAGCUCCGACGACGGCGUCCGGCCCCUGCCCGAGUACAGCGCCGAGAAGCACAAGAAGCACAAAAAGGAGAAGAAAAAAGUGAAAGACAAAGAUCGGGACAGAGAGAGGGAGCGGGAUAAGGACAGGGACAAGAAGAAAUCCCACGGCAUGAAGCCCGAGAGCUGGUCCAAGUCUCCCAUCUCGGCAGAUCAAUCCCUGUCCAUGGCGAGCAACGCCAUCCUCUCAGCUGAGAGGCCAUCCCGGGCCAGCCCCGAGUUCCUGAUCGGGGAGGAGGAUGAUGAUCUCAUGGAUGUUGCUCUAAUUGGCAAUUAAUUCUCCCAGAUGAGCUGUCUGCAGGUGGUGGAGGGAGGGAAGGAAGGAUUCAUCUCAAACCUGCCACACGGAUCUUCACGGGGUGUGUUUGGAGAGGGGGAAAAAAAAGUAUUUCCAAGGUAUUUCCAAGAUUUCCAGACCACCAAGGUCUGUGCAGGAGGAUGUGAGUGCCAGGUCCCUGCCUGUGGCCUUCAUCCUGUGGGCACUUCCAUUCUUCCUGGAUUAAUGAGUAUUAUCAUCCCCUGGAGUUAACGGGGAUGAAGCAGAGUGUGGGAAUGUGGGAGCAGCUCCCAGAGGGGACAGACAGACAUAGGCUGCUCUGGGAGAUCCCAGUCCCUCUGCCCUCUUCCCAUUCAGGAUAAGCUCCUUUGGAAUGUAGGAAGUUUUAAAGUAAUUAUUUUAGGAAAUGUUUUAGGGCUGGGUUUUAAUUCUUUGGAAGAAGGAAAAACCAGGAGGUUUUUAAUUUAUUUGAUUCCCACGGCAUUCCUUCAUUCAAUGCCCAGCUUAGCAGGGUGCCUCUGGCACGAGCUGGGCACUGUUUCCUCAUGGAAAUCAGGAUUUUAUCCCAGGUCACAGCUCUGAGGGAUUGCUGCUGCCUUGGGUUUGCCUUCCCAUUUAUUUUAGCUAUUUAUUCACCUCCAUGUGGCACCACCUCGUGCUCCUUGUUUUCCCCCAGUGGGAAUUUGGGCAGAGCCCGUGGCUUUGGGUGGCUCUGCAGCUUUGGUGACAUUCCAGCAUGGUGAAAUUCCAGCAAAUCUCCAUGAAAAGGGACUCCUGGCUGCACCAACAAGCUUCCCUGCAAUCUCCUCGUGCUGCUGAAGCUGAGAAUUGUGGUCACACACAGGAGCACUGCCCUGGGAAGGAUUGUCCAGCUGAGGGACCCACGUCCUGCUUGGAAAACAGUCCCAGGGUGGCUCAGCUGGGAUCAGAGCUGCAGCAGAAGUGUUGAUUUCCUUAAAAGAUGGAUUUUUCUUUUGGCUGGAAUUAGGAGCAUGACUCAGGCAUCCUCUCCGGGCUGAUCUUGUGGUCCCUGAAAGGAAAAGAGACUCAGGAGUGUGUUUUAUUUUUAAAAGCAGUUUCUCUGAUUCACUGAAGAGGAAUGUGGGAAAUCAGGAGUUCUGCAAACACAUCUCCUGUGGAAUUAUGUACUGAGCAGGAUUUUUUGGGUUCUGCUGUCGGUGCUGGAGGCCAGGAUUUCCCCCUGGGAAUGAGCUUGUGCUUCACCUUUGGGGAUGCAGCGUGAAAAGAUGGCAAGGAUUUUGAGUAUUUUCUUUUAAACCACUGAAAUUUCCCAUCCUGGGCUGACCCCGGGGAUACCCCAGGAAAGCUGUUUGGUUUCCAGCUUUUUUGGAAAGUUUUUUCAGUAGCUUGGCAGCUCUCCUGUUAACUGUAGGGAUUUUUCACCCCUUCCUCCAGUUUAAUUCCAGCAUGGGAGCCUGAAUGUCUCCCAGACUUCCCCCGUUUGUGGAGAACUUCCCCUCCUGACAUUUUCCACUAUUUACCCCUUGCUCCGGGUGUCCUGCACACCACAACCAGAGCUUGAAACGAUAGGAAAAUGGGAAUUGAAUCCAAACCUGGAGCAAAAACUGAUCCCUGGAGCUGCCCCCAGCUCCUGCUUUGAUUAAAUCCUUUUUUUUGGACAAAAUCCCUUCAGCGAGGUGUGCGAGGGGGCACAAGCAGCCUUCCCAAAAAAAAGCACUUUGAGGUGGAAUCCAGGCUGGGAAUCCCCCAGGAUGGCUCCCUGCACCCCUCCUUAGCCAGAGCUGUGUUUUCCUGCUGUGUUUUCCAUUAAAGUUGGAAGGGAAAGCAGCAAAAUUGACACAAAAACCUGUUUUAAAGGAACAAGCUGCACUCGUUUCCUCUCCCCUCAGCCAGACCAAAGCUCAGUAUCCAAAAUUCCCCCUGGGGAAGGUGGGAACAGAGGGAACAACGUCUCCUCCAGCCCAGAUUUAAAGCUUUUCACCCCAUUUUGGUGCCCUGUCCCCUUCCAAUGACGUCAGUCCUGGGAGAGCUGAGGUGCAUGACCAGAGAGGCUUUGGGGUGUCAGUGCUGGGGCUCUGAGAAAUGGUUUAUUUUUGGAAUAUUUUUGCUUAUAUUCUCAAUAAUUUUACAUCUUUCAGUAUUCAGAAAGAUAAAAUAAAGCGAAAAUUAAAUAUAAGCCAAACCUUUUAAUCUCAGGUGGUGAAGCGAACACGGAGAUUAAAAGCAACUGCUUCUUUCCUGGAUUAUUCUCAUCAUGUACAUAAAUCCCUGGCUGGAAAAUCGCUGGAAUUGUAAAUACCCCGCCUCCCGCGGCAGAUUUUUUUUUUUUUUUUUUUUUGGGGGGGGCGGGACGGAAAGCGGAAUUUCAACUUUUUUUGGAAAUAUGGCAGAGAACACGUUUAUUUACAAUCAAAUAAAGCCCUUUGGUACAAAGCGCUGCGUGCUCCGUGCUGGGGGCGGCCCCGGGGCCGUCCCCGCCAUGCUUGAUUCUCCCGCCACAAUGACAUCACCGAGACGUCACCCCCGCGCCGCGCGCUGAUUGGUUGAACUCGCCGCUCCCGGAAGGGACCGGAGGGGCGGGGGACGCCCCCCCCCCCAUCCCGGGACCCCCCGAUCCCCGCAGCCCCCCGGACACCGGGGGAGGAUCCCGGGGGUCCCGCGGCCCCGGGGCAGCGGGGAGGGGGCGGCAGGACCCCGCGGCGGCGCGAUGGGGGCGGCGGCCUGCGGGAGAGGCAGAAUGGGUGGAAAUUCCUCUGUGCUUCCUAGAAACCAGUUUGUGAUGGCUGUGCUUUGCAAGAAAGGAAGAGUGGAAUUCUCUUUUUCCUGGGAAUGCCAUGGAGCAUAUUGGGAUUAGUCCCUUUACAGGAGGUGUGGCCACCACAGAGAAAAUCACCACUUACUGCAGCAAAGCAAACAAAAAGGGAAAACAUUACCCAGAUUGACUCGGUUUCACGUGGAACAUGCCCCGACAGAUCCCAAUCCAUGCUUAUAUUUGGGAUUUCUCUGCUUCCUGCCUGAUGAAGAGCAACCAAAUAACAGCAGAAAGGAGAGGAGGCAUCUCCUGGUGCUUCUGAGUGGUUCCUGAUGCUCUGGGAGGAUUCAUCCACCAAGGCCCAGGUUCUCUUGUCCUCCUGUGCCCUAGGAUGUCACCUGCAGCUGUCCUGAGUUUCUCUCAGCCACCUUAUCAGGAUGAAGUCAUUCCAGUUGUUGUUUUUUCUUCCUCUGACUGUGAACCAUCCGUGUAGUCUCCUCUACAUCCUCCAAAACCAUCAGCACAUGAAAACCUCCAUCCUUUCCAGCUUCCUCUGGGAGCCUCCAAAGCCUGCUCCUGGCUGUGAAGUGUGUCUGUCCGUGGGGCAGUUUGUCCUGGUAGAAAUGACAUUUUGGUAACUCCAGGGGUGUCUCUGAGGAAUGAGAGUCUGUGGUGAGCCUUGUGAGCACCUUCAGCCUGAGAAAUGCAUCAGUCCAUGGAAUUCCUGUGCUGGAUUCAGGGUCCUCACUGUGGGGAAUUCUGACCCUUCUGAACCUCUGUGGUUCCCAGCUCCUGUUCAGCUGCAGAAAUGUGAAAUGAGCUAAGCUGGAUGCAAAAUGGGAAACUUCAAACGCUCCAAAAUCGAGCUGCCUUCUAAUAAUUAAUCCUGUCUGUGCUCAGAAAUUGAAUAAUCUCACUGACCCUAAUCCCAUUUGGGAAUCUGCUGCGUUUCUGCCUCUGAAAUGCUGUUGCUGUAUUUCCAGGGGUUUUGGCUCUUUAGGGCUGAUCCUUCUGGGGUUGUCCCUGCUCCCUUUCCUGGGCUGCUCCUCGUGCUCCUGGCUGGGCCUUUGCUGUUCCAAGGAAUGGAGGUUGUGCAAACAGAGGGAGACAAACAGAGCAGGGAGCAGGGAAAACUUUGCUCUGACUCUCCUUGCAAAAACUGAUGUAACACCAUGGAAUCUGAUUUUAUAUGGGAAGAGAAACUGUUGGUGACAUAACCCAGGAACACCUGAGGUGGCACAGCUGAAACAGGUGUUUUUUGGAAUGUAUCUACCAAUGUGGCUCAUAGAUAAUGAAAAAAAACCUGUAAAAAAUAAAGAUUUUGGGAGAGGGUGUCCAA